AUGGCGAUUCGCUCCUGGGUGGGGGUGGGUUCGGGAGACACCCCCAGCCCCCCACCGCAUCCCUCUACAUCCUUUCCUCCUCCCGAGCUGUCAUCCUCCGGCAGCAGGCGGAGCUUGCCGCGGCUGUUCGCAUCCAAUCACAGCGUCGGGUGGGGCUUGAGGCCGUCCCGGCCCGCUAGCCGCAGCCUGGGGAUCUCGGUGCGCUCCCCACCUGCCCGCCCGCACCGGGGAGCGGGGGUCGGUUCGGCGACCGCCCGGAGGGGUUGGGGGGGCAGCGGUGCGGGCGGGGCCUGGAGGCGUCGGAACCCCGCGGCGCCUAACGGGGCCGGGAGGAGAGCAGCUCAGCCAGGAGUGACUACACCCCCCAGGAUGUUGCAAAGGAACCAGAAAUUGCUUCUGCAAGUGGCCUCCUUGCUCCUCUGUGCUUGUGCCGGCCUCAGACUGCUUCUGCCCCGGUGCCUGGAGCCAACAUCAGGCAGGUCCUGGGGUGAAACAGGGGGUGGCCAGCCAUCUCCUGAACCAGUUGGGGAGAGUACUCUGGGGUCUUGGUCCCAGAGGUUGACUGGGGAGGUUCCUCGAAGAGAUGAAACAGGAGUGAUGAAGGUUGUCCACCUGGACAUGAAGGGAGCUGCUCCCAGGGUAUCUUAUCUGGAACAGCUGUUUCCACUUCUGUCCCGACUCGGGGCAGAUGCUGUGCUGAUCGAAUAUGAGGACAUGUUCCCUUUCCAUGGGGAACUUGAAUUGUUACGUUCAUCCCACUCCUACAGUAAGCACGACAUUGAGCGGAUCCAGCAAUUGGCAGCACAGAACCACCUGGAGGUGAUUCCUCUGGUGCAGACAUUUGGCCACUUUGAGUUUGUGCUGAAGCAUGAGAAGUUCUGGCCUCUGCGGGAGGUUGAUCGUUAUCCCAGCACCCUGAAUCCCCAUGCGGCUGGGGCAAUGCCACUGCUCCGGGCCCUCCUGGGCCAGGUCCUAGAUCAGCAUCCACACACCCGCUGGCUACAUGUGGGAGCUGAUGAGGUGUUCCACCUGGGUGAGGGUGCAGACUCCCGUGCCUGGCUACUCCGCCAUGGGGAAGAUGUUGGUCACAUGUACUUGAACCAUGUUCGAGAGGUCGUGACCUUCCUGAGCUGGCGCCACCCAGGGCUUCGACUGCUACUUUGGGAUGAUGUGCUUCGAAGACUCCCACCCCAGGCCGUCCGAGAAUCGGGGAUCCCUCAGCUUGCAGACCCUAUGAUGUGGUUCUAUGACCCUGACUUGGACACUGACCAGAUUGGACGGAUCAUUGCUAAAUAUGCAGAAAGUGGCUUCCGAGGUGUGUGGUUUGCCAGCUCCUUCAAAGGCUCCACAGGCCCAGCCCAGAUGUGGACCCCUCUUAGCCAUCACCUGAGCAACCAAUUGUCGUGGCUCCGUGUGCUCCGAGCCAUGCAGGCUGUGUCUGCUGGCCCCCACGUUCGGGAUGCCCCCUCUAUCCGCUGCCUGGGCAUUGUUCUGACUGGUUGGCAGAGGUAUGACCACUAUUCCGUGCUGUGUGAGCUGCUUCCUGUGGCUAUUCCUUCCUUGGCCAUCUGUCUGCAGACCCUAGUUGCUGGAGAAUUCACAGAGGUGACCAAGAAGACAGUCAUGGAGCUACUGGGGUUUCAGACUAUCAACCUGGAGUCCAGCACCUGCCAAGGAGAUGGUAUGUUUCCUGGGGCUGAGGUCUAUCACCUGGUGGAACAAGUCAAGGAUCUGAAGGAGACUGGGCUGAAGGCUCUGGAGGAGGACAGCACAGCUCAGGGCUGGUUUAGCCCUUACCAUCGUAAAAAUCGGUUUGGGAAUCCACAGAAUCUGGAGGCCUUUGGCCGAAAAUUGACCAAGGUGUCCGAGGCCUGGGAGAGCCUGCUGCCGACCCUACAGAUGCACUUGGGUGUUGUGUUCUACUCUAAUACUGUGGAUGAGUGGUUGGAGGAGUAUGUCUUACCACAGCUGGAACCCUUGAGGGCUAUGGUGCGGGAUUACCAGGAUCUCCUCCAGCUGAAAGGGAAACCAGGAGGGGCCCGGCCUGGGGAGGUUGUGCUGAACCCCCAAGUCAUCCCUACCCUAGGCCCUGGUUUCCAGGGGGCCCGUUCCAGGAGGGAGAGUCCAGGUGAUGACUCAUUUGGGGGCUGAGGUCCAUCGUGGUGGUGGGCUUCCUCUGAGGGAGGUGGGAGUAUAAAACUGAC